AUGGACGCGUUUUGGAAUCAGUUUUGUGCCACAUUUCCAGAGGCGGCUGAGGAGGAUGAUGAUCACAUUCAAGGGAGGAUGUUAGUAAGUCCUUACGAUCAAAUAUUCAGGACGUUAGGCCUACACCCACUUGAAGUCUACCUCAAGUUCGCGAGCAAAUUGUCCGGGGUGUAUACCACCAAUAGCACACAUGCUGAUCUCACAAUUCCUUUCAAUUCGGCGUUGGCUGAGUGUCGGGCUGCGCAUGCCGAGGCUGCGCAUGCCGAGGCUUCCAAGGGGGAUGAUGAUGCCGAGGCUUCCGAGGGGGAUGAUGGUGCUGCUCCCGCGGAAGAUGGUGCUGCUCCCGCGGAAGAUGGUGAUCAUGCUGCGGAAGAGGAUGAUGAGGAUGAUGAUGCUAUGAAUGCAAGGCAAGCGCAAUGUACUACCGCGAUGGCCCGCAUGGAGGUGGAUCUGAAGGUGCAGGACACUUCGAGAAGCGGCGCCUACUCUGUCACAUUUCAAGCAAAAGAGGAAAAACGCCGACUAAACGAGACACCGCACAAUGACCCAGCAGGAGAGCAGGUGGCGCAUGAUGAAGAGACCAAGCGAAUCACAAAGUAUGGUUGUGAAUCACAAUGUUGUUCCAUCAUUUUCAAGUAUGACUCAAAAGCACGGGAUUGGAAGUGCUCACAAUGCACUGACCAGCAAUGCAGACGUACCGAUCUCAAGAGGACGAAACAGAAAGGCUCCAUUGCGUACAAGAAUAUCGACCUGUUCCCAGUUGUAGCACACCUCGGCCAUCAGAUAAACACAAAAACUUUCUCGUCAGCAGUUCUAAGGGAGCACCUGCAACCGAAAGUCAACCGGACUUUAUGUGACUCGUGGUUAGGGAGGUUCAAGCAGGACUAUAGCAAACCGUCUUGGGCUGAAAGACAAAAAUAUGCGCGGAAACAAGCCGAAGGUGGAGGGAAGCCAGUCGACGGUUUCAUAGCAAAGGCUUUCAACGAAACAGAGAUGAUUCAGCUCGACCCAGAGAGCAAGAUUGUUUGGGGCUGGACUCUCGCUCCACCCGGAAUUUCCGAGACUUAUGAUCAACAUUUGUUCAAGGUCACCGCUAGUGAUUUUGCCCAUUGUCACAGAGUGGCAGGUUGCCAACACCCUGGCGUUUUAGGGACGAGAAUCGCAGCGGAUCAAAACAAUUGCAUAGUGGAUAUAUGUCAUGCGAGGUGUCUAUCAAAUGAGAGUAAGGACACAUGGGUCCUGUUGAACAAUGGUACCAAAAUGGCCAUACCGGGCUACGAAAGCUUCGUUGACAAGUUCGGCGCGCCGACAGUCGACAUAUCUGAUGCCUCCAAGGGAGGAGACGCGGCCCACGGAUACCAAUUGGGUGGUGUCACUCAUUUUCUUGAUUUCAAGCACAGGUCAGAGGCCCUUGGAAGAGGGCCACAUGGCGCUAAAUGUGCGAAACUGUACGCCAAAGCAUAUCACGCAACAACGGCAUCUGAUUUGGACCAUGCGAUAGACGCCAUCAAUGAUGAUGCGCAAGCAAAGCAGCGGAUUUUUGGACAGGGAUGGUCUGCAGAAAACCAAUUCCCUUUAAGGGCAGAGCUAGGUCGUUUGAAGACAUCGGAGGAGGAAAUGGCAGCAGCACACAUACAAGAGAGGCAUGUGACAUUCACGUAUGCGAAUGGUAAAGUGGUGGGUGCGACAGUGAAAGACGCAACUUUCGGUGAUGCCCAUGUGGUCUUCGAUCGUUUGAAACACAGGAAUCCAGGCAUGGCCUGCGACUGCUCGUUUGGAACAGAAAAAGGAAUCCCAUGUAGGCAUGCUUAUGUCGCGACCAAAAAAAAUGGGCAAUAUCUCUAUAAUUUGACAAAUAGAAAGUACACAACGCAGGCAUGGAAAGACGUGUACUGUACGGAAGAGGCAGACGGAACCCUUGUCGUCGAAUCUCUACGUAUUCCGAACAUGCAUGAUGUGAAAUUGCAUUUACGGCAGCCCCGUGCCGGGCGCCCAAGCGUCAAAAGAAAAGAGAGGACGAAGAAGGCCCAGGGAAACGGAAAGGAAAAAAAGGGGCAUUAUUGCCAUUGCUGCUUCAGAUUCGUCACUGACCACACUAAAAAGAGUUGUCCUGAGAGGGAUGCUUUGGAACUGGUGGAUAAUUUGGAGCCGAUGUUGGCAGAAAAAAGCGACAAGGCCCCAGCCGAAAAUGGCGAUGCGCCAUUACCCGAGGAUAUGGCAUGGCAAGCAAAUGCAUCGGUGCCGGAUGAAUUUAGAGAUUAUGCUCCUUCUUGA